AAUUUAUUAUUUUUUCAGGCUCCCUGUCUCUCUUCUUACAGUCCCGAGUCCUGUGUUCUGACUCCUGUGUGACUUUGUCCUCAUUAUACCAGAAACCAAAACCGUAAACAGAAAGGAAAGAUAACCGUCUCUCUCUCUCUCUCUGAAGGUGGAGCUAGUCACUGAUAAUGGCUGGAAACGACUGGAUUAAUAGUUAUCUUGAAGCGAUCCUCGAUGUAGGUCCUGGUAUCGACGAGGCAAAAUCGUCGUUGCUGUUGAGGGAGAGAGGGAGAUUUAGUCCCACUCGCUACUUCGUUGAAGAAGUGAUCACUGGGUUCGAUGAAACUGAUCUCCAUCGCUCGUGGGUUCGGGCUGCGGCCACGAGGAGCCCGCAGGAGAGGAAUACGAGAUUGGAGAACAUGUGUUGGAGGAUAUGGAAUUUGGCUAGGAAGAAGAAGCAGAUUGAAGGAGAGGAGGCUCAACGUAUGGCUAAACGUCGUCUUGAGCGGGAAAGAGGACGCAGAGAAGCAACUGCAGAUAUGUCAGAGGAUUUAUCAGAAGGAGAGAAAGGAGAUGUUGUUGGUGACAUUUCAGCUCAUGGUGAUAGUAACAGAGGCAGACUGCCUAGAAUCAGUUCUGUUGAUGCAAUGGAGAGCUGGGUUAGUCAGCAAAAGGAUAAAAAGCUGUAUAUUGUGUUAAUAAGCCUUCAUGGCCUGAUACGGGGUGAAAAUAUGGAGCUUGGGCGUGAUUCUGAUACUGGUGGUCAGGUUAAAUAUGUUGUGGAACUUGCAAGGGCCUUAGGCUCAAUGCCAGGAGUGUACCGGGUUGAUUUGCUGACCAGACAAGUGUCAGCACCAGAAGUAGAUUGGAGUUAUGGUGAACCAACUGAAAUGCUGACUCCAACAAACUCUGAUAGUUUCAUGAAUGAGAUGGGAGAAAGCAGCGGUGCUUAUAUUAUUCGCAUACCAUUUGGGCCAAGAAAUAAGUAUAUCUCAAAGGAACUCCUGUGGCCUCACAUACCUGAAUUUGUUGACGGUGCACUAAACCAUAUAAUACAGAUGUCCAAAGUUCUUGGGGAGCAAAUUGGUGGUGGACAGCCAGUAUGGCCAGUUUCCAUCCAUGGACAUUAUGCAGAUGCAGGUGAUUCUGCUGCUUUACUAUCUGGGGCUUUGAAUGUACCAAUGCUUUUUACUGGCCAUUCACUUGGGCGAGAUAAGUUAGAGCAACUUUUGAAACAAGGGCGCCAAUCAAGAGAAGAAAUAAACGCAACUUAUAAAAUAAUGCGUCGUAUAGAGGCUGAAGAGCUAUCACUCGAUGCCUCUGAAAUAGUUAUCACUAGCACUAGACAGGAGAUAGAGGAGCAAUGGCGUUUGUAUGAUGGUUUUGAUCCAGUACUUGAGCGCAAAUUGCGAGCAAGGAUCAAGCGAAAUGUGAGCUGUUAUGGCAGGUUCAUGCCUCGCAUGGUUAUAAUUCCUCCUGGGAUGGAGUUCCAUCACAUUAUUCCACAUGAUGGUGAAAUAGAUGGUGAAGUGGAAGGAAAUGAAGACAAUCCAGCUUCUCCAGAUCCGCCAAUUUGGUCUGAGAUAAUGCGCUUCUUUACCAACCCACGCAAACCUAUGAUACUUGCCCUUGCUAGGCCAGAUCCCAAGAAGAACAUUACAACUUUGGUCAAAGCAUUUGGAGAAUGUCGCCCAUUAAGGGAGCUUGCUAACCUUACACUGAUAAUGGGUAAUAGAGAUGCAAUUGAUGAAAUGUCAGGCACAAAUGCAUCUGUUCUUCUUUCGAUACUUAAACUGAUUGACAAAUACGAUCUCUAUGGUCAAGUGGCAUAUCCUAAACACCACAAACAAUCUGAUGUUCCUGACAUUUACCGUUUGGCAGCAAAGACAAAGGGUGUUUUCAUCAAUCCAGCAUUUAUUGAGCCCUUUGGUCUAACUUUAAUAGAGGCUGCAGCUCAUGGUUUGCCCAUUGUAGCCACAAAAAAUGGAGGUCCUGUUGAUAUACAUCGUGUUCUUGACAAUGGCCUCCUUGUUGAUCCCCAUGAUCAGCAGUCUAUUGCUAGUGCUCUUCUGAAGCUUGUAGCAGAUAAACAGCUUUGGGCAAGAUGUCGACAGAAUGGUUUAAAAAAUAUUCACCUUUUCUCAUGGCCAGAGCAUUGUAAGACUUACUUAACUAGGAUAGCUGGUUGCAGGCCAAGGCAUCCACAAUUUCAAAGAAGUGAUGGUUGGUUGGAAGAAUCAGAAUCAGAUUCACCUAGUGACUCCUUGAAGGAUAUACAGGAUAUAUCUUUAAAUUUAAAGCUAUCUCUGGAUGGUGAAAAAAACGAAGAGAGUGGUACCGUUGAUAAUGCUUUAGAUUCUGAAGAAAAUGCUGCUGAUAGAAAGAGUAAGUUAGAGAAUGCUUUGUUGGCAUGGUCAAAGGGUGUUCUAAGAGACACACACAAAGGGACCGCUGAGAAAGCAGACCAGCAUACAGGUGCUGGUAAAUUUCCAGCAUUGAGGAGGAGGAAACAUGUUUUUGUCAUUGCUGUGGAUGUUGCUACAUCUGAAAAUCUUCAUGAAAGCAUUCAGAUGGUUUUUGAGGCUGCAGGAAAAGAAAAGAGUUCAGGGUCUAUAGGGUUUAUAUUGUCAACAGCAUUAACCAUAUCUGAGAUACACUCCCUUCUGGUUAAUGGAGGCCUAAAUACUUCUGAUUUUGAUGCUUUUAUAUGUAAUAGCGGUAGUGACAUCUACUAUCCAUCUUUGAACACUGAGGAUAGUUAUUCAGAGCUACCCUUUUUGAGUGACUCAGAUUAUCAUUCACACAUUGAAUACCGUUGGGGAGGAGAAGGAUUGAGAAAAACUUUGGUUCGUUGGGCUGCUUCCAUUGUUGAUAAAAAGGGAGGAAGUGAAGAACAAAUAGUUAUUCAAGAUGAAGAACGUUCAACUGCAUACUGCUAUGCAUUUAAAGUGAAAAACCCUGCACUGGUUCCUCCUGUUAAGGAGCUAAGGAAGUUUAUGAGAAUUCAGGCUCUCCGUUGUCAUGUCAUAUAUUGCCAAAAUGGUAAUAACCUGCAUGUAAUUCCUCUACUGGCCUCUCGGGCCCAAGCCCUUAGGUACCUGUAUGUUCGGUGGGGUAUUGAGUUAUCAAAUAUGGUGGUCUUUACUGGAGAAUACGGGGAUACGGAUUAUGAAGGAAUGCUAGGCGGAGUCCACAAGACAGUAAUAUUGAAGGGGAUUUGCAGCAAUGCCCGUGACCAGCUGCACGCAAACAGAAGCUACCCACUAGAACAUGUCUUGCCAUUUGACAGCCCUAAUAUUGUUCAAGUUACCGAAGGGUGCAGCAGCAAUGACUUGCGAAUGUCUCUGGUGAAAUUAGGGGUUCUCAAAGGCUAGAAUUGUAGAUAAUCCUCCAUUGGCUUUUCUGUAUUUAGGGUGAACAAGCUCCAGCACUCCUCUUAGCUUCCGUUUGUCUUAUAUCUACUUUUGCUCCCUGAUAGCCUUAAAACCCAACAGCUCUGUAAAAACUCAAAAGUACCAUUUCCUUCCUACCCUGGGAUAUGUGCUCCCAAGCUUGAACUUGUGGGUUUCCUUAUGAAACACUAAAUAAGGUUUUUCCCCCCUUUUUUUGUUGUUUUUAUUUUUACCAGAAGCCUUUCAGAAUGUCCACCUACUGGGUUGCUUUUGCGAAUUAAAGCAGACUGAGCAAUUGCAAUCUGUUGUGCUUUUGGCUCAUCCCUUCUCAUAAGCGAUCUCAUGGUAGAAGCUGAUGGAAGCCAAUGAUAUCUCAAUUUAUUACUAUUAGAUGCUUGGCUCUUUUUGUAAUCAAAGAAAAUUGUGCUAAUGGUGUAUAAAGGUGGCUUGAAUCCACUACUCUGUAUUCAACUUGUGUUUAUUAUCUGUUCAGUUGUACAAAGUGGAAUUUGAAUAUAGGUAAAGCGCGAAAUUCCUAAGCA